CUUUAUUGCGAGUAGGUAACCGGAAUCUAUAAAUACAAAGCACGUGCUAUAUUUAACGCCGAAACAUUGAGAAACUAAUGCGCGCCUUCAAAAUUUUGCUCCUUGAGUCUAUUCUGGUCCCGUCGCUUAAGAGCCCCAAUAUUGUCCAACAGUUUCUGAAGUUAACAGCCAGUUCCACUGAGAAAUUUUCGUAAUUUUUUUUUAUCAAAUUGACUGGGGAAAUUUCUUCAAUAGCCCGAAUUUGAAACAAUAAAAAAUGCCGUUAAUAAAAGUACAAGAUUCUAUGAGUGUGUGCAGGACUGCUUAACUGCUAGGCUGAUUGCUUUGGCAAAUAAGAUAAUUUGGUAUUCAGAUCCUGUCUGACUAUUGUACUUUAGUUGCCUCUUUUCUCACCUGCUUAUUGCCAUGUCUUUUACUUAUUAAGCGACAAUAGAUGAUCCUUAUACGUGUAAUUCGCCAAUAUAAUUAGCCUAUUAACUGGGCAGAAGGUUAAGCCGCUCAAAUAGCCGAAUGCGUGUUAUAGUUUGAGUCGAUUAUGUUUGUGAUCAGAAAAAUCUGCUGUCAUGGCUUCUAAGGAAUCUCUAGUGAAAAAAACCACAGAAAACCUUGCUUUAAUCAACGUUCUAAACCAUGAGGUGCCAUUCAAGAGCGGGUUUUUGUCCAGGACAUUUUCCCAUGUUUUUCAAGUGUCCCAGCUCAAACGAUAUGCGUUUCCGCAAGUUGCAAACUUAGUGCUUAGAGACGAUAGAGUGAAAAAGGCUGUGGAAAGAGUCGCUGUUCAGCAGCUGAAGGACUCGGACAGCACUGAGGAUGAAUUUUACCAGGAACUUAUCAAGAAAAACCAGGCCCGAGCAAAGAAGCUUGUUUCUGAUAUGCGUUCCACUUUGUCAGAUUUUUUAUUAAGAUUUACUUCAUGGAUUUUGUACAAAUUGCUGCCAUGUUUCAUGAACUCGGUGGUCGUUCAUCCUGGUCAGGUGGAUAUGCUGAAACAAGCCUCCAAAACCAAUCUUCCGUUAAUAUUCCUUCCUUUACAUCGCUCCCAUUUGGAUUACAUACUUCUUUCGUUCAUUUUGUUGAAUAACGACAUUCGAUCACCCCUGGUAGCUGCUGGGGACAAUUUAAGAAUCCCGUUCUUCGGCUCCCUGUUGCGAGGUUUAGGAGCGUUUUUCAUCAAGCGACGCAUUGAUCCAAUGAUGGGACGCAAGGACCAUGUUUAUAAAGCAGUGUUGCACACUUACAUGAAUCUCUGCCUGAGAUCGGGACAUAAUAUCGAAUGCUUCCUGGAAGGAGGACGCACCAGAACUGGCAAACCAUGCAUGCCAAAGUAUGGCGUUCUGAGCGUCAUUGUGGAAACCUUCAUGGACGGAACCAUUGAAGAUGCGCUUUUGGUGCCAGUGAGUCUUAAUUAUGAGAAACUGAUCGAUGGAAACUUUAUUAAGGAACAACUGGGCGAGCCGAAGAAGAUGGAGACUUUUGGGGAUGCCCUGAAGGGCAUCUGGCAUGUUUUGAACAGCAGCUACGGCAGCAUGAGGGUUGAUUUUAAUCAACCCUUCUCCCUGCGGGAACUGAUUAAAACGUUCGAUCAGAACAACAAAAUCUCGAAUCCAAACGUAAGCGCUCGCGUUUUGAAGUCAAAUCCCUCGACUAAUAGCUUGUAUGGGACUGAUGUUGUUUCCGAAGAACAUAAAAGCUUGGUGGAAAAUAUUUCAAAGCACGUCAUAUACGAUUGCGCCCAAUCCACCUCAGUAAUGUCGACCAAUGCGUUGGCUUUCUUGCUGUUAAGCAAAUUUCGGCAAGGAAUAACUCUGCAGAAACUAGUAGUGGCUUUCGAGGACCUGAAAAAAGACCUGGAAUUGAGUAGGAGAGAUGUGGGCUUUUCUGGAGACGCAGUGGAUGUCAUUAAUUAUGCAGUUGAACUGUUGGGCCCCGCUUUAGUAAAGAAGGAAAAACUCAAUGGCGAAGACACAAUCAAGCCAAUAGCUAUUCUGCCAAACGUUAUCGAGCUGUCCUAUUAUAGUAAUAGUCUAGUCACUCAUUUUGCCCUGGAAUCUGUGAUUGCUUUGGCGUUAUCUGUGGCGGAAAUACGACUAAACACCGUAUCGCAGGAUGAUUUGAUGGAAAACGCUUUGGAGCUGUGCUCGUUUUUCCAGUAUGAAUUCUUAUUUUGCAAACCCUGCCAGAACUUGGAGAUGGUCAUCACUAGCUGUAUAGAUGAUUUAAUUAUUAGGAAGGAAAUAUUCUUGCCGGAAGCUGAAAGCAACGAGUUAGUGCGAAGAAGCAGGAACAUUGCGCGACAGUUCGAAGACGACGAUGAAGAAGAACCGUUUCAGAAAUUGUACAAAAUCAACACAUCCAAAGAAGCAAUGGAAAAUGUUAAAUAUAUGGCCCACAUUCUCAUGCCCCUUAUCGAAGCCUACGCAAUCACAGGUUUCACUUUAGAAACUCUCGUGCAACGGCAGCUGCUGGAAAGUGAACUGGUGGCUUCUGUUUUGAAGGAAAUGAAGGAACAGUUGGCUACUGGUAGUCUGAAUUAUGAUGAAUCUGUGGCUGUAGAUCCGGUGAAAAAUGCUCUAAAACUCUACCAAAAACUGGGCAUUUUGGAAUGUCAUCAGGAAGGCAAACUGCGGCUUUACUACUUAAAGGAGGCAUACGAUAAUUCCGAGUCGGUUAAGUUAUUCUAUAACAAGGUCAAUAAGUACAGGACGGGCAAUCUAUUAAUACAAUAAAUUGAGAAUUGUUCCAUAUUGGAAUUAGUGGGCACCAAGUAGUUCUUCCAGGUGAUGUGUUCGUCAAGGUUCUGAAUUUUUUAGUUAAUAGUAAGUUUUAAAUGCUCAUAAUUUAAUUAUUUAGUUGCCGGACUUAGUCGGCUGGUUGUAUUUUUAAAUCUGCCCUAAUGAAUAUUCGUCGCUAGACAACAGGGUAAAGUUAGUUGCCCAUAUGGGAGUUUUCACGGUUUGCCUACCCAGCUUCAUUGUCGGGGACUAUAUCGAAUGUGUCUUUUUGUAUAAUUAACAUAGAGAUCUGUGAUAAAUAAAUUACUUUUGCUAA